UCCAGUGCAAUCCGUUUCAGUUCCGUUGUUGUAUUCCAGAAUACAUACUCGUAGCUUGUAAUGGUUCUACUUCUAAUGUGUAUGGGUUUGGCAGUCUGAUACGAUGGAUAACGAGUACAGAAGGAAGUUUUCCGAGAGACCGGGAGAAUUAUUUUCAGAAGGUUGCCGUAAACGCCCGGAGGCAAAAUUAUCUGGUGCGGGAGAUAGUAAGAGUUCUGAAAGAAGCAACGUUAAGGUUCGACCGAGGACAGCGCGAAAAAGUCUUAAACACGCUUUUGACGAAGCAGCAAAGUUCUGUGAGCCACCAUCUGGUAGCUACUACUGGUUGACACGGAUUGUUUUCCUUCGUGCUUUAGGUUUUCUAUAUGCUGUGGCAUUUCUUAUUGCACUUAACCAGAAUGAGUACUUAAUAGGAAGAAAUGGUCUGCUGCCAGCCGACCUGUUCAUGAAUGCGGUGAAAGAACAUGCACAUGGCUUAAACAUCCAAGCAAUAACACAAGUACCCUCCAUCCUUUGGUUUUUCAACUUUGAAGACAUUGACUUUUACCUAAAUGCAAUUGCCAUGGCAGGGUUUCUUUUAUCUUCCACGGUGGCAAUUACGGGAGCAGCCAAUGCAGUCACAAUGCUGGUUUUGUGGAUUCUGUACCACUCCAUUGUCAAUGUUGGUCAGAGGUGGUAUUCAUUUGGAUGGGAGUCUCAACUACUGGAGACUGGAUUUCUUGCAAUAUUCUUUUGUCCACUCUUCAAAUGGAAGCAACUGCCCAGAGGAACACCCCCAUCAUGGGUGGUUGUGUGGGGUUAUCGUUGGCUACUGUUCAGAAUAAUGUUGGGUGCGGGUUUAAUCAAGAUCCGAGGUGACAAGUGCUGGAAGACGCUCACCUGCAUGAAUUACCAUUAUGAGACUCAACCUGUUCCUAAUCCAAUCAGCUACUAUCUUCACCAAAGUCCUUCAGUGAUACACAUGACGGAGGUUCUCGGAAACCAUUUAAUAGAGCUGGUGGUGCCAUGGUUUCUUUUCAUGACUCGUCCUUUCAUACUAGCUUGUGGAGCAAUACAGAUAACAUUCCAGGUUAUACUGAUCAUCAGUGGAAAUUUGAGUUUUCUGAACUGGCUUACAAUUUUGCCAGCUAUACCGUACUUUGACGACAGAAUUCUCAAGCGACUCUUCAAUGAGAGAACUAAAACUGAAGCUGCUGUUCUUGCAAAGGACGAGAGCACAGGAAUUAUCAGACCAAGUAAGUUGCUUCAUGCGUUCGAAGUGGGAGCCUGUCAUUACUACGAGGUGAAUUUUCCAGGUAGAGUAAGGAGAUUCACAAAUAUGUCUCUAGCACUGUGCCUGGCUUUUCUCAGUAUUCCUGUUGUGAUCAACCUGUUGUCACCACACCAACACAUGAAUACAUCCUUUGAGCCUCUUCGUAUAGUUAACACUUAUGGAGCAUUUGGAAGUGUUACAAAGGUGAGGAAAGAGGUCAUUCUUCAAGGCACCAGUGACAACCCCAAUAACCCAGUUGCUAAAUGGGAGGAAUAUGAAUUCAAGUGCAAACCAGGGAAUGUUUUUCGUAGACCCUGUCUCAUCAGCCCAUACCACUACAGGCUUGACUGGAUAAUGUGGUUUGCUGGUUUCCAGAAUUAUCAGCAAAAUCCAUGGCUUGUUCACCUUUCUUUCAAACUAUUGUCAAAUGAUGAAACUGCCACAGCUCUUAUUGCUAACAACCCAUUUGUAGGAAGGAAGCCUCCAAAAUUUAUAAGGGCGGAGCAUUACCGCUACAGAUACGCACGUUUUGGAAGUCCGGAAGCCAGGGUUGGACAGUGGUGGACACGUGAACGUGUUGGUAAUUACAUGCCACCAGUUUCUAUAGAAACAUUGAAGCCAGUCAUGGAAAAAUUUGGAUGGAAUCGCAAGGCUUAACUCGGUAGUUUUUCAUUGAGAGGAUAGGCAAACUCAGGUGCACCUGCCAACUUGUGUGCAGUGCCAAAGACAUUGUAAUGUAGUGUUCAUUUCUUUUCUUGUGUGUACUCUAGUCAGGAAGUAAAUUGUUUUAUUUCA